AAAAUUAAUUCGGUUUCUUAGCAACCCAGAUGAGUAAAACUUAAAUAUACUUUGGCUUCUUUUGUAAAGCAAUGGAUAACGUUUCCACUAAAAACUGUUAGUCUCUCUUGGAUUUACAGAAAAGAUUUGCUGAGAUAUAUUACUCUGAAACAUUUAUGAAAAGCUAUCUUUCAAAUGAUUCCUCCAUGUGAAAACGCCCUCCACAUAAUGUACUGUGAGUCUCAGAGAGGCACAAGAGAUAGGGAUAUUGCAAAGAGGCUGCAAUGUUCUUCACGACAGGAUCUCAACUCCAAAUGGAAAAAAAAAUGUUCUGCAACCUCCACAAUGUAAAAUGAAAGUUAAUGUAUGGGAAAUAAAGCCACCUGAUUUUAACUACAAACUGUAUACCUCCUUGAGAAUUCCAGAAAGACCAUCCAAACCCCUUAAGGAAGAAAAAAGGAGGAAAAAAAGCAGUUUUCCAGAUAUAAUGCUUCACUUACCUAGCAUAAGGAAUCAUCCUAAGAAGGCCAUAACUCCUAAAUUUAUCACUACAUUUCCACAUCUGGAUUCAUCAAAAGCAAAGUUAAUGUUUGUGAAGAGUGGACAAUAUCCAAAGGGUGUAUAUGUCAAUCCCAAACCACAUGAUUUUCGACAGUACCAACCUGGUUUACCCAAUUUUAAGACAACUUAUGAAAAGGACCCCUUUGGAUUAAAAUUUAAGUCACAAUCCUUAAGUACAGUACAGGGAUGCCAUUUACUGAAAGAUGAUAAACAGAAGAACACUACAGAAAAAUUUAUCACCCACAAGGGUCGUGAAUGCACCUGGGAUUCAAAACUAAUUCUGACGAAACACCCAUGGCCUGUUAGAUCUGCUUCAUAUACAAGACAUAGAAGGCGGCGUGAUGCAUACAGUGCAUUUAUGGAUCGUGUGGAAGAAAAGUUUACAAAGAUAUGCAAGAGCAGGUGUUGGUGUCCAGAGGAGAAAUGGAAGAAACAGGGGCAAAAAGCUCAGCUGAUGGACCAAACCAGCAUAGGGCUUCCUGAACUCUGGCCUGAAUGUUCAUCUCCCAUGCAUUUCCCAGUGAGGAAUGAAUUUUGGCACCUUCCUGGAUUCUACAGAAAUCUACACUCUCCCAGAGGCAUGAGAAAGUGCUAAAACAACAAAUGAAAGUUGCGUAAUUUGAAAUGCCCUUGUUACAACAUGGAUCAGAAUCCAAUCAUCAGGCUUUGGAUUUAGUCUGUGAAACUUAGAUCUAUGAGUGCUGAUAAUGUUGUGCUUUCUGUUAAUACCCCAGCUUAAAGAGAUGCCCCAGUCUCAGGUAAAGCUAACGUGAGAUGAAUGAACAACAAUAUGCUUACUAAUUUUGACCACCAUGUCCCUCUAAGGCCAGAGAUUGCAACUGUUUGCAUCUUUCAUGGAAAUAAGAAUUAUUUGGAUGUAGCAUAUAUUCUACUAAAGGAUGACUGUUAUGCUGGGUGGGGAAGUAACAGUUAAAAAUCAAAGAUUUUUAUUCAAAAAAAUAGACAAUAAGAUAGCAACCAGAGCUGAAGUCAUUCAAAUAUAAAUGUGGCACUUUCUCAGGAGAUAUCAUCCAAAGAUUUAAAAAAAUAGGAAAGUUUAAUUCAUGACACAGUGAAGUUCUCCUACAGUUUAAAUUGUUCCUAGAAAUAGAUUUUAUUUCAGGAAUCAAAGAAUGCCAGAUGGUUAGUGAUAUUGUUUAUUUCUGGGAAAAAAAAGAGUAUAUUUAUGACCUUUGUAUUCACAUACGCAAGGUGGGAUAGGCUGAAACAAUCAACAUUUACUUAGUAUGUUUAUGGUAUAUCGAAAUCAAUAUUUGGAUGUUCAUUUUUCAGUUUUUUCAAUAUACUUUAAGACACCUAUCUGAGACACACAAGUAUAUCAAGGGAGAAGAUCUCCAACUAACAGAAAUAAUAAAUGUCCUUCUUAAAGAUCAUCAGGCUUGGAGAAUUUAUAGUUCCAACUAGAGGGAAAGGUCUCUCUUUUAGCAUGUUAAAACAAUUUUCUAAAUUUUUAAAAAAUAUUUUCAAGGAAAGAAAACAAAUGACUUGAAAUUUCUUCUUUGCUUCUGAUCAAAAUUUGAUGAUUAUAAUUUAAAAUUAAUAAAAGGGGAGGGUAGGAUUUAAUGCUACUGCCAGUUUUAUCGAAUGGAUUAUCCUAUCAGCUUUCCAAUUUCACUAUGAAAACUGUUGAAAUAAAGACAAGUAAGUAUUUAAUAGCUUUGUUUACAUAAGCAACAUUAAGUGGAAAAAUGAGGCAAUGAAAUUAAAUCAUUUCCCAAAGGAUGUUUUGCAUAAUUUAAGUUCCCUGGAAUUUGAAUGUGUAAUCCAUGAAAAGAAAUGUGCUCUUUAGAAAAAUCAAGGCAGCAAAUACUGGAUUAAAUAAA